UGGUUGUCAAAUCGUUCUAGAUGACCCGACCUGUAGUAUAAAAAGACCUUCGCUAUAAAUACAACCUAUGAAGUCAGACGUACACAACCAGUGAAAAAGCAUCGAAAAAGGUGCGUGCGACCAAUCGUUUUCUUUUUUUGUGCUGGCUGCCACUGCCGUAACUCUCAAGUGUUUUCAACUAACCAACGAACGCGUUCAGACGUGUUCCCGGGUGUGUGUGUGCGCGAGAUAAGUUUCGACGAAAGAGCGUUGUAGUUUUGGCCAGAUCUCUGCGUACGAUCUACGGCCAAAUUUGCUGCAUUUACAUUCCGCUGGACAGUGUGAAACGGUAUUGCGAAAAAAGCGACUGCAUUUCGUCACAUUCGGAACAACCACCGAGCGCGCGGUACCGGACUUCACCAGCUGCACUUAGGAGAAGAUUUAAUUAUAAAGAUGACUAAAGAUGGACCACCACCGUACGGGUUCGUGGCGCCUCCAAGCGCGCCACCGAGCUAUGCGCAGGCGGUGGGAGGUGUACCCCCGUCCAGCCCGUUCACGCCGCAGCAACCGGUACUGACCAGUGCACAGAUUGUGACCACAGUCGUGCCGAUCGGGCCACAGUCGACGCACAUGGUAUGUCCCAGUUGCCAUUCGGAGGUCGUCACCAAGACGACCACGUCGCCGGGAAUGAUCGCUUACGUGUCCGGAUUCCUGAUCGCACUGUUCGGAUGCUGGCUAGGAUGCUGCCUAAUACCGUGCUGCAUUGACGAAUGUAUGGAUGUACAUCACACAUGUCCCCACUGUAAAGCGUAUCUGGGACGGCACAGGAGAUAAGCCAGCGCGGAAGCGGAGCGUGGCGCAGUACACAUCUCUGUGUACACUCUGAUACAUCGAGCAGUACAAUUGCGAGGAGAAGGAAGAAGGAAGGAAUGGAACAUGGCGAAAGGGUGGAAGAAAAUGUCCAAUGUGUGUGUGUGUGUGUGCUUAAAGCGAUUCCAAAUCCAAAAUAUGCUUCAACAGGAGACCAUCGGUGUUCUCUUGUGUUCUUGAAACUUGAGCUACUUUACUACCACUACAACCCAACUACUCCUAUCUGCAACCGCGAAUUGUUGCUGAUUUUGCAGCGUUCAUCGCCAUGUAGAGCGUGAAUCGAUGCACCGACGACCGGUAAAGUCCCGAACGAACAAAAAAAAAACAAGAAAUCUCUUAACGUGUGUCGAGUGUGCUUAUAAAAGGCCAAUUUUUCGAUGCAAAUCUCACAUUCAUUAGGUGCGUGCGUGUUUGUGUGUGUGUAUAUAAUGAAAACCUUAGGAUGUGGUUAACACAAUUAACGAGUAUCGUAUGUGUACUAAACUUUACGUCACUAUUAAUCAAUCGUUUGGUUCGGUGUUGCACUAUGCACUUUAACUCCCGCCCCCCUCCUUUCUCUUUAUCUUACCACACGCUCUGUAUUGUUACUGAGUUUUGAUUUACACGACGCAUAGAGCUUCCGUUGUAUAUGGUUGAAGUUUUUUUUUUUUAUAUUUUUACUCUGUGUGUGAACGUCUGCUGUUUACCGAUUCACACAUGUACGCGGUACUACUAUUAACACAACACCAUUGUUCGGAGACAACAGUUGAUUUAUGCUCGCGUAGGAGGGAAUGUGCCAUGUGCGCGUGUUGGCCAUCGUGUGUUAGGUGCGUGGAUAACGUUUGACAAAACGUGCGAGCUGAAACCCUUCAUGAAAUCUCUGAUCUGACGCUGAUCUUAUUCUGAAUCUGACGCUAGGGGCAGCUAAAUCGUGUUAUAAACCGAAAUGAUAUUAACGUAAUAAAUAUAAUCAGUGUAAAGUUUUAA